AUGGGUAGCAGCACUCAGACUGGUGCAGCUCCUGCGUCUCGCGGUUCCAAAAACCGUAAACGUCCCCGCGAGGUCAAAGAUGAGAUCAAUAACGAGAUAAAGGAUGAAGAUGAAGAUUCCAGCGCCCUCCCCACUCACUGUCACCGUCGUCGUCGCCAUCGCAACUCUCGUUCUCGCACUCCCUCUCCAUCUCCAAGUCUCGGAGGAAACGAAAACACGCCCGAGGAGGAAGAUAUCUCUCCGGAUGACCUCCCCGCCAACCUCGACCGACACGCAUGCCUGCGCUGUGUCAAAUUUCUUGCUUCCGAACCAGCCUUCGAGUGUGAAUUUCCUGCGCGCUCGAUAAAGUGCACUCGCUGCACCCGUCUCAACAGCAAGUGCGAGCCAAUCCCCGCCUUCGCCGAUGCAGAAGCGCGUCGCAUUCUAAGCCUGCAGACCAAAUACGAACAUUCGCCCCCCUGCGAGGUAGGGAAUCUGCGUGACCGCGUGGUGGCUGCUGCUGAGGCUUUUUCGGUCUCGGUCCGCAUGGAGGCACAGCGCCGCCCGAAAACUCUGAUGGAAAUCAACCUUGCGAUUUUGCGUAGCCAAGAGGAGAUUGUUGUGCUUCUUCGCGGAAUUAAGGCAGAGUUGACUGCCCAGGGUCGGGAAGAGAAAAGGAAGGGGAAGGGAAAGGGGAGAGAUUAG